UUGAGAGAGCCGUGAGAUGGAAGAACGAUGAGGCCGUGCAACCGUGGAGCGCAGAUGCUCGUCACUACAGCUGGAGCGUUUGCUGCGUUCAGCCUCAUGACCAUCGCGGUAGGAACGGAUUAUUGGCUUUACUCGCCCGGAGUGUGUCGCACCGAGAGCACGGGCGACAACGAGACCGCCCAAAAGAACGAAGAGGUUCUCACGCACUCGGGGCUCUGGCGCCAGUGCUGCAUGGAAGGUCUGUUCACAGGUGUGUGUAAAAACAUUGAUCAUUUCCCAGAAGACGCUGAAUACGAACAAGAUGCAGCAGAAUACUUGCUCCGAGCAGUGCGUGCCUCCAGUCUUUUCCCCAUCAUGAGUGUUGGGCUGCUGUUUAUUGGUGGAGUGUGUGUCGCUGCCAGUGAGUUCUACAAAAACCGCCACAACGUCAUCCUGAGCGCAGGACUAUUCUUCGUCUCCGCCGGUCUCAGUAACAUUAUCGGGAUCAUCGUGUACAUUUCCGCUAACGCCGGAGAUCCGAAUCAGAGCGAGUCGAAGCGGAGUCACUGGUACGGCUGGAGCUUCUACUGCGGCGCGCUCUCCUUCAUCAUGGCGGAGACGGUGGGCGCGCUCACGGUGCACCUCUUCAUCGACUCGCACCGCACGCGCACUUUCCGCCGUGCGCCUCGGAACCGCGUGCACGCGUCGCUCCAGAACCGCCGCUCCUCCAGCUACCGCUCGCGCUACCGCGGCCACGUGCACGCGCACGCUCUCCCGCGCUCGCCAGGCGCCGGCCGCCCGAGCAACGACGAGGUCGCGCUCCGCUCGCUCCGUUACGCGCCGGCCACGCCCCACGGGCUCGCGCACGCUCAUUACAUCAAAGCGGAGAACGGCCUCGCCUUUCACGCGCACAGCCACGGCGUGUAUCACGAGAAGGAGAACCCCUGCGCGCUCACGCCGAAGAAAAAGUGCGCGCUCCCGCUUCUGAGCAGCAGCAGCAGCGCCGCCACGCGGAGAACCACACCGGUGUGA